AUGGAUUGGAAACUGAAUAAAGAUGUGAGUUACUUUAGUAAACCUGUUUUAUGUUUUUAGAUCUGGAUGCGAAUCCUGAAUAACAUGAACGAUUUUUACGGAACUUGUCAACUGGCUCUGAGCCAUAAAUUCUUGUACAAGAUGGUUGGAAUCGACUUCAAGAAGUUAUGUUUAGAUAACAAACUCUUUAGGCUACCCGGAGAAUCUUGGAGUGAUGUUGUUUUUGAGUAAGCUGAUUUUGAUUUGAAGAUGUCGUUUCGCCAUGCACAGAUUAAUUAGGACCCUGCCUUCACCAUCUCUUUUUUAGCGGUUUUUUGCAAAAAUAGUACCGAACUUGAUGUCGCCGACCGGUGUCGCUGCGAGUUUGGAUGAAAUCAGCGGCAAAAUUCUGCAAAAUAUGGUUUCCGCUGAUUUUGGAGGCUGGAAGGUGAAUUUUUUUGCAAAAUGGGGACUGCGAGAUGGUUUGGAAUUGUGGUGUAGUAUUUGUGCGCACUAUGCAGUGAAUGUGGAGGACGAGUCAUAUGAAAUCUAAAUUGAUUUGGGAGCAAAAUUAAGCACACUAACAAUCCUCUGUUGUAAUUUUAUUAUUUUCAGUGCCCAUAAUAGACUUUGGAAUGAUGGCCUGAGGGUAAAUUCUUAUCGAGUUGUCCUUGCUUAUGGUGAGAAUACCUACCUAUUCUGUUUCGUUGGAGCUGAUUAUGUCGUUGUUACAAACUUUGACUUUACUACGAGAUAUGUGCGCUAUAUUAAAGUUGGUUUCCGGAUCUACAGAGCUCACUUAAUUCAAGAAGGGAAAUAUCUGGUUGUCUUUGUAGGUUACUUUAAUUCUGAUUAGUUGAGGGAAAGUAAUUCAUCGAUCUUAUAUGUCGUUUAUUUCAGUGCGAUUCCAACGAAGACGUUGUCAACGUUUAUAACGUUGAUUCUGGAGAACGAAUCAGCAAAGAUGAUCUACUUACUAUAAAAUUUUCGGGCUGUCUACUGUCUUACAGUUCGGGAUUAGUCAGAGAUGUUUUAACCCAAAAAACGAUCAAAAUAGAUGCAGUAGACGAUGAAGUAGAUGUGGCGGGCCCAUAUGUUCUCUUCAAGAAAUCUGAGGGAAACAAUUGUGUUAUCAAUUUUAAUACGGGAGAAGAAUAUCCAAUGGAAACUUACGAUCAGUGCUAUUCGACCAAGAUUCUUGCGGAUUCUGGAUGUGUCCUUAUCCAGUAUUGUAAGUUUAAAAAUAUUUGGAAUUUUACCUUAUAAUUUUAGAUUCCCGACGUCUCAUGGAGAUCCAUCAUGUUGAUUCUAAGAGGAUUAUCUACAAGUUUUCUCUGGCUGAUGUUUGGAAGGUAAUUAACGAUGCUAUGAUAUUGAGAGAAGAUAUUGGACAGGUAAAUCUACCGCUCUAGGCUAAUGCAAGUGUAAUGUUUCAGUGUCUGGUGUUUGAUUGUGCCAAGUGUGAAUGGGGAUACAGCCCGAAUAUUCAUUUGAAUGUCAGGAAGAAUCAAACACUAAACAAACCCUGGGAUGAAAUUAAAAACUUUGCAUAUUUUGAUACAAUAAGCAAUGGAUCGAAAUCGUGUUCAUCUUGAGUUCGAGGAUGACUAUGACAGCGAGGAAGACGCCGACUUUGUGCCAAAUCCACCUCCGCCAGAAGACGCUGUGGAUGAAGAUGACAUUGAUUAUCAGUAUUAUGGAGAUGGAGUUGGCGUUGAAAUUACGGAAGAGGACGUUGAGAUCCUUUAUUUCAAUAUUGCAUCAAAUCGUAAGUUAAUUAUAACAUUUGGUAGAGUAAUUUUAAUUCAGACAGGGUCCAUAAAAAAGUGAUCAAGGCCAGAGCAAGAAGACCCCAUCCGUUUGUAGCGCUGCGAAACGGACUGCUGAAAGAAGCGGAGAGAAAGAAUGUCAAGAAUGAAACAAAGAUUAUGAGGAUGCAACAAUGCUUGAACAAUUGGAUUCUUCAGACUCAAUUUAGUGUUUCGGAAGCGGAAAACAAUGUUUCCUUCUAA